AGCCGAACACACACACAUUGUUAAUCCCAAUACUGCUCUAUCUCAUAACAGAAUCGACAUCAUGGACAUUAACAAAUACAACUUCUACCCACAAAUCAUCGACAUCCUCACCGCCAUUUCUCGAGCUCAUUUUGUCGCCGUGGAUCUGGAGCUAUCGGGUGUGCCCUCCAAAGACUCCCUCAGCACCAAAGCUGGCAAGCAGACCCUACAACAGCGUUACCUCGAAACCAAAGAAGCCGCGGAGCGAUAUCAAAUUCUGCAAAUCGGACUGACAUGCGUGGAACAAGAUGUCGAUAGCGACAAAUAUAUCCUUCGUCCUUACAACUUCGACUUGAGUCCCGUCAUCAAUGAGCGUCUCGAUGUGGAACGAAUCUUCUCCUUCCAGUCCGGAGCCGCUGAAUUUCUUCUUCGAAAUGGUUUUGACAUGAACAAGCCUUUCGCCGAUGGCGUACCAUACCUCACGAAAAGCGAAGCGAAAGUGGCUCGUGAGAAACACACCAAGCGACAAGACAAGACCGCGCUGGCAGAUAUUGUGAUCAAGCCCACCGAGACCGAAUCUAUAGCUUUCUUACAGCGCGUAAGGGAAGAAAUCGAUGCUUGGAAGUCGUCACGCAGACGCGACACGCCAGAAUACCUCAACAUUAACUCUGUUGCAGCCGAUGUCGCUGCUCAGAUGUUCAAGGAAGAUGAGAUACCUGAAGAACUUUCACGUUUCGAAAAGCGUCUCGUACAUCAACUUGUCCGAGCAGAGUACCCAGAUCUUGUCACUAUCAGCAAACGCGGAUUCAUCCAGAUCGUGCGCUUUAACAAAGCCCGCGAAGACAAGAUUUCUGCCGAGCGCCAGCGAGACUUGGAAGAGCGGAUUAGUCGUCAAACGGGCUUUGGAUGGCUGAUCGAAGCAUUGCAAGGUAACAACACCACAGGCAUCGACCUCCGGGAAAUCGCCAAGGAUCCUGAGACCGGCGAGCCGAUAGUGGCUGACUACGACUACUACAAAUCGCGAAUCGACCGAGCGCAGUCACUUCUUCGCCACAAUCCACGAAUCAUUGUCGGUCAUAAUUGUUUCCUUGACCUCAUCUACAUCUACAAUACUUUCAUCGGCGCACUACCCGAUACCGUUGAGGAAUUCCAACAAAAUCUUCAUUCAGCAUGGCCGGUCAUCGUAGACACGAAAUACAUGUCGACUCACAAUUGUGGCGACAUCAGUCCCGUGAGCUCACUGGAGCAAAUCGUACACCAGCUGAGCCAAGAACAAAAGCCCGCGGUCGAAACCUUGGAGACACAUGACAAAUACCGCGACGUCGAGGCCUUCCACGAGGCCGGCUACGACAGUUAUCUCACCGCUCAAGUGGCCGUGAGACUUUCUUCCAAGCUACGCCGAGAAGGCACUUUCUCCGACCUCAUUCCCGGCGAGGAGACGAGCAUCAGCGAUCGUAUCGCCGCCAUUAAUCUCUCCUCAGUGGACACUAAAACUUCACAGUCCGGCUUCACUCCCUCCGAUCCGAGCGCCGAUUGGAAGAAACCCGGCGACGCAAGUCUCGGCCCACGGAAUCCCUACGACGCGAUUCCCUAUGAAAAUUUUGCUGCCAACGGGAAUUCCUCCGGCUUCAUUGCUCCCAAUGAAACCCUUCCCAGCGGCGACGGGAUGCCACGCUUCGGCACCGAGUUCUGGAGAAUCUACGGGAACAAAUUACGCGUGUUUGGGACUUCAGAGGGACUCUUCGACCUCGAUCCUCCCGGCGUGACCAAUGCGACGGAAGAAGCAAAAGUAGAGGGAGAAAAUCAGGAGGACGCGACCACUCAGAAUGACAAUGCAAAACAGGAUCUCGAUGUCGUUGAGGGACCGGAGGCCGAAGAUGGUGGUGUUGCGGUCUAGAAAGCCGCGCUUAUGCAGCUUCUGGCGGAGGAGAAGGAUAGGAAGAGGACGAGGGCAUAUGCGUGUGAUGAGGCCGUCGCGCUGUGAAACAUGCCCAUGUUUCGAGGGCGGGAGCUCAUCUAGACGGAGCCAAGUCUUAAUAAAAACUGAAAUGGCUUUCAACUGCACGACUCGGCUUCAUAUAGAGUAGAAACUCCUUCAGUAACAUGCAAAAACACCGAGAUCCUUGCAUUCUUG